AAGUUUAUGUGACAAUUCACGAUGAUCAUAAACAAGCAACAGUGAUUCUGAUGGGGAAGCAAGGACAACAGUUGUUCGGCAUCAGUUGUCAGGAUUUGGUCAAUAAAAGACUAUAUCCAACAGAGCAGACGUUACCAGAAGAGAUUAAGAAAAUGGUUGGCCAAACCUAUCUAUUUCAGAUCCAAAUCAAUCAAUAUGGUGAACUGGCGGUUGAAAAUGUUUUCCCAAGUCAACAAUCAUCUGCGUCAAUGGUAGAACAAAACCCAAGCACUGCAACACUAGAGCGCCUUUCAUCUGAAAAAAAGAGAGGCAUUGAAACAAGUGGAAAAACAUUGUUCAUCACAGAGACUGAGACAAAAGCCAAGAGUGACAAAGAAAUCAAACAAGGAGAAACAGUGUCACCAUCGUCAGCAUCAUCAUCAGUAAGCAAGGAACUAUCUCAGCAACAGAAAGCCAACUGAAUCCAAAUCACUCUUUUGUAUAGCUAUGGUUCAUUUUCUUCCAUCAUACCUGCGUUGACUACGUUGUGUACAAGCACAGUCGGCGAAACAACUGGAGAACGCUGUACAGUUGGGACUGCUAGGAUUUUGCUUUUUGAACAAAGUGUUUUGACAACCAACUCCAGUUGUUCCAACAGGAUGUUAACUCAUGUUUAAUUUUCUUUUUGUAAGUUUGUAACUAAGACAAUCAACCUGACUAUGCAGCUGUCCCUUUUUUGUAGAGCUGCAAUUAACACAGCUAGCAAUACUGUGCAGCUACCAUUUUUGAACUGUGUCAAAUAGAAUGCUGUGCAGCUGAAAUGUA